GACUCGGACUACCCCGAAGAGAUGGAGGACGAGGAUGAUGCCAGCUAUUGCACCGAGAGCAGCUUCAGGAGCCACAGCACCUACAGCAGCACCCCAGGGAGGAGGAGACAAAGAGUACAUCGUCCUCGUUCUCCAAUAUUGGAAGAAAAGGAUAUCCCUCCCCUUGAUUUGCCUAAAUCCUCAGAGGACUUAAUGGUGCCUAAUGAGCAUAUAAUGAAUGUGAUUGCCAUCUAUGAGGUACUGCGGAACUUUGGCACUGUUUUACGCUUGUCCCCUUUUCGUUUUGAGGACUUCUGUGCUGCUCUGGUAAGUCAGGAGCAGUGUACACUUAUGGCAGAAAUGCAUAUAGUGCUUUUAAAAGCUGUUUUACGUGAAGAAGACACUUCAAAUACUACCUUUGGACCUGCUGACCUCAAAGAUAGUGUAAAUUCCACAUUGUACUUCAUAGAUGGGAUGACAUGGCCCGAGGUCCUGCGGGUAUAUUGUGAGAGUGACAAGGAAUAUCAUCAUGUUCUUCCUUUUCAAGAGGCAGAGGACUACCCUUAUGGACCAGUUGAGAAUAAAAUCAAAGUUCUGCAGUUUUUAGUGGAUCAGUUUCUUACAACGAACAUUGCUCGUGAGGAAUUAAUGUCGGAAGGUGUGAUACAAUAUGAUGACCAUUGUAGGGUUUGUCACAAACUGGGGGAUUUGCUUUGCUGUGAGACUUGCUCAGCCGUGUACCACUUAGAGUGUGUGAAACCACCUCUUGAAGAGGUACCAGAGGAUGAAUGGCAGUGUGAAGUCUGUGUAGCACACAAGGUGCCUGGCGUAACGGACUGUAUUGCUGAAAUCCAAAAAAAUAAACCAUACAUUCGACAUGAACCUAUUGGAUAUGAUAGAAACCGACGGAAAUACUGGUUCCUGAACAGGAGGAUUGUUAUAGAGGAAGAUUCGGAAUGUGAGAGAGAUAAAAAAAUUUGGUACUAUAGCACAAAAGUCCAGCUGGCGGAAUUAAUUGAAUGCCUUGACAAAGAUUACUGGGAAAUUGAACUCUGCAAAACUCUGGAAGAAAUGCAUGACGAAAUUUAUCGGCAUAUGGAUAUAACAGAAGACCUUACCAAUAAAGCACGGGGUAGCAACAAAUCUUUCCUUGCUGCAACAAAUGAAGAAAUUCUGGAUGCAAUCAGAAUCAGAAAAGGAGAAAUACUGGAGGACAAAAGCUCAACCCCUGAUGAAUCGGAAAUUGAAAAGGCCAGUAUUGAGAAUAAAGACAACACAGAUACAGAUACCAUCAAAGAAGAACUUUCAAAGCAGCAACUAGAUGUAAACAAAGAUACACUACCAGAAGAAAGUUCUGAGAAAGGAAGAAAGGAAGAACCAACAGACUUGGAUAAAAGUAGUUCUUCAGCAUCACCUAUUGGAGGCAACAUCACAAAUACUUCUGUGGGAGAGACUAAUGCCUCUGAAGGGAAGAACAUAAUGGGGUAUGAGCCAGAAAUGGGCGAUAAUGAGUCAGAGAAGAAAUCGGCAACAGAGGUCACUAAAGAUGUCUCAGAUGAAACAACUAAGACUAUUUCUAGCCUGGAUGUCAGUGCAUCUACUGAAGCCCUCUUGCCAGAUUCAGAAAACACCAGUAGCAGUGAGCGAAAUUCUAUGCAGGAUGAAUCUAUGAAAACAUCUGAUGAAAUGGAAAACGUUGAAGGAGGAUCCCAGAGCUCAGAGGAGCUAGGGGAUAAAUCUAAUGGUGAAAGAAGUGAAUCUCCAAGCAUGGGAAGAGGCACCCCAGGAUCAACACGAAUGGUCACUAGGCUACGUAAUCCUGAUAGCAAGCUCAGCCAGCUGAAAAGUCAACAGGUUGCUGCUGCUGCACAUGAAGCGAAUAAGCUAUUUAAAGAAGGCAAAGAGGUCCUUGUGGUUAAUUCCCAAGGGGAAAUCUCUCGAUUUAACACCAAAAAAGAAAUAGUGAUGAAAGGAAACAUCAACAAUUAUUUCAAGCUAGGCCAAGAAGGGAAAUAUCGAGUCUACCAUAAUCAAUAUGCCACAAAUUCAUUUGCUUUGAACAAACAUCAGCAUCGGGAAGACCAUGACAAGAGACGGCACCUCUCUCAUAAAUUCUGUCUGAGUCCAGCUGGGGAAUUCAAAUGGAAUGGAUCUGUUCAUGGGUCCAAGGUUCUUACAAUAUCCACUCUGAGGCUAACUAUCAUUCAGCUAGAGAACAACAUCCCGUCCUCAUUCCUUCACCCCAACUGGACUUCCCACAGGUCUAAUUGGAUCAAGGCUGUUCAGAUGUGUAGCAAACCUAGAGAAUUUGCAUUAGCUUUGGCUAUAUUAGAGUGUGCAAUUAAACCAGUUGUCAUGCUGCCAAUCUGGAGGGAGUCCUUGGGGCACACCAGACUACGUAGAAUGACAUCUAUUGAAAGAGAAGAAAAGGAGAAGGUUAAAAAAAAGGAAAGAAAGCAGGAGGAGGAAGAAACCAUGCAACAAGCAACAUGGGUGAAGUAUACAUUUCCCAUCAAACACCAGGUUUGGAAACAAAAAGGAGAAGAAUAUAGAGUAACUGGAUACGGUGGAUGGAUCUGGAUUAGUAAAACACAUGUUCAUAGAUUUGUGCCUAGAUUACCUGGAAAUACUAAUGUUAAUUACAGGAAAUCACUACCAACAAAGAGGGAUGAUACCAUCUCAGAAAAACAAUGUGAACUGAAUAAAAGAAAAAAUCCAGCAAAACUAAAAAUAGAGUUUGGCUCCUUGAAGGACAAAAUAAAAAAUUUCCAUGAACUACACAAGAAGGACCAAAAAGAAACUGAAAACUCCGAGACCACAAAGAAGGAUCAAAUAAAGGAAGAAAGUGAAAUGAAAGAAGAAAAGGCUGAAGCUGGCAACAAUUUGGAAAAAUCAGAUCAUGCAAAAGAAGUGGAUCAAGACGUUGAUGAAAAUGAUAAAGAUAUCAAGGAGGAACCUAUGGAAGUAGAUGAAUCAAAAAUGGAUACCUCUGUAAAAUAUGAAGAAACCCCCAUCAGUGCAGAUUUAAUCAAUGUCAGUGAGGGUUUUCACUUAAGAACUUGUUAUAAAAGGAAAGUAAAAACAUCAAAAUUAGAUGGACUACUUGAAAGGAGAGUGAAGCAGUUUACGCUGGAGGAAAAACAGCGACUAGAAAGAAUAAAGUUUAAAGCUAGCACCAGCUCUUCAGGUUGUAAAUCUCUGGGUACACAAAAGAAUGUAGAUGACCUACAAAUAACUAAGGCAGCAGAUGAAAAACAGAUGGAUUUAACUUCCCCAAAUGGAACCCAUAUUUCAGGUACAAAUCUAACUGAGGAUCCAGUUCAGGACCACUUGUCAUCUGGCAAUCUCUGUGUUACCAAAACCAGUGAAUCAGUGCAAUCUUUGCCAUAUUUGAAUAGACUAUUAGAGGGGGAAACAGUUGUAGCUUCGGUUCAUUGCCCUGAUACUCAAAACUCAGUAGUGAAGGAUACUAAUGAAAAUAAGUCUGAACCAAUGGAUACAGAUAAAAUUCGAACACAGAGUAAGGGAACAGAGAUUGAUAACUCCAUCAUGAAGGAUGCUAAACCAAUAGAAAGCAAAGAAGCGUGUGACAUCUUAAAAGACACCGCAAAAUGCUCAGAACAAAUAAAUGCAACAGACGCUCAGUGUGAAAAUGUUCAGCCAGUGCUUACUGAAAGCAUUUGCAAAGGAGAUGUUGUGUCUUCAACUGCGGAAGGGCACGAAGCAUUAAAAUAUGAAAAACAGGACUGCAGUUUAGAAGAUCACUCUGAGGUGCAAGCAAAUGCUGUAAAAGAGGGUACUCAGGAAAAUAAUGAAGAAACAUCUGAAAACAAAAUGUUGUUAAAUCAAAAACAAACUCUUGGAAAACUAAAGCCACUACACACUGAACUCAUUUCAGAAGAGGCAUAUGAGGCCCAGAUUCCUGACAUGAUUGGAGCAAAUAUUAUUGAUGAGGUAGUGAAAUCUAAAAUAGCUGAAACAAAUGGGAAAAAGCAAGACCAGGAAAAGUUUGUCCCACCAAGUUCCAUAAACAAAUGCUUUGAUCAGUUAAAAAGUAUUGCUGACAAAAAUAAUAAUAAUAAAAAUGGAGAACUAGAUAUUGGAACAGAAAAAGAAAAACCAACAACAUUUCGAAUUAAUGGAAAAGAUGCUGAAUUUAAAGUAUUGUCUAAUGAUGAAUGCUUAAAAAGAGAGUCAGUUUUACAGACUGAAAGUAAUAUUGAUUCCAUAGUCAAUAGUAUUAAUAAAAGCAAUCCUUUAAUGAAACCAUUUUCUUCUAAUGAACCCAUAAAACCAUUUAUGAAUGGUGAUAUUGCUUUGGAAAAAACAGAUGAAAGAAACAACUUGGACAGUGAGUUGUGUGCACAGAAUGCUAUGGAUUUGGAUGGUGAUUCUGGAGACAAUGUUUCAUCUCAAGAUAAUGUUUCCCAGUUUACUCAAAACAUUGGAAAGAAGCAACAUUCGCCAGAAAAAUUUAGUCCUGUUGAUAACACAUGUGUGCCAGCCUUACAGUCCUGUAAUGAGAACAAUAUAUAUAGGAAAACAGAAAGCAUGGUAAUUGACCCUCCUUGUGUCAAAAAAGCUGCCCUGUCACUUAUAAUUUCUGGAGAGGAAUCUAGCUUGAAUAACAAGUUCGCUGAUCAAAAUGGACUACAGGCCUUCAGCAAAGUUGAAAACAUCAAUGGAGAAACCACAGUAAAAGCUGUUGUUACAGAAGUGACCACCACAUCAACUGUUUCUACUGAAUCCAAAACUGUUUAUAAAGUAUCAGAAUUGACACCCACCAAGGAUGAUAAAGAAACCAUGGUGUCAUCCUCUGAAAACUGUUCCAUAUCCACUACAACUACUACCACCACAACCACUGUAACAAAGCUUACCAGGCCUCCUGCAGACAGUGGUGCUGAUGUGAUUUCAGUAAAGGAGCAUAGUAAAACUGUGGUUACAACAACAGUGACGGAUUCUUUGACUAUUCCAGGAGGAACCUUGGUGACUUCUAUGACAGUCAGCAAGGAAUAUUCCACAAGAGACAAAGUGAAGCUGAUGAAAUUUUCAAGACCUAAAAAGACUCGUUCUGGAACAGCCUUGCCAUCUUAUAGGAAGUUUGUUACGAAAAGCAGUAAGAAGAGCAUAUUUGUUUUGCCCAAUGAUGACCUAAAGAAUCUGGCAAGGAAAGGAGGGAUCAGAGAGGUUCCCUGUUUCAACUACACUGCAAAACCUGCUUUGGAUAUUUGGCCAUAUCCAUCCCCAAGACCAACUUUUGGUAUCACGUGGAGAUACCGGCUUCAAACCGUAAAAUCAUUGGCAGGGGUGAGCCUUAUGCUGCGGUUACUUUGGGCAUGUCUAAGGUGGGAUGAUAUGGCAGCCAAGCCCCUCCCGGGUGGAGGAACUACACGUACAGAAACAUCAGAAACAGAAAUUACAACAACUGAAAUAAUCAAGCGGAGAGAUGUUGGACCUUAUGGAAUACGAUCAGAAUACUGUAUACGGAAAAUUAUUUGUCCCAUUGGAGUUCCAGAGGCCCCCAAAGAAACUCCUACACCACAAAGGAAAGGUCUUCGAUCAAGUGCACUGAGGCCUAAAAGGCCAGAAACUCCAAAGCAAACAGGCCCUGUGAUCAUUGAAACUUGGGUAGCAGAGGAGGAAUUGGAACUCUGGGAGAUAAAAGCAUUUGCUGAAAGAGUGGAGAAGGAAAAGGCACAAGCAGCUGAACAACAGGCUAAGGUUAGUGAACAGAAGAAGGCUGAGGAAUUCAAGGCCCAAAUGGAGGCUCAACUAAAACAACAGCGAUUGGCUGCCCAACAGAAGCGACUGGAACAACAAAAGCAGUUGCCGGUGGUGUGUGGGGCCUCUACAGCUACAAUAACUAGCAGUACUGCAACAACAGUCUCUGCUCCUCAGAAAGUUGUAGUAGGCCCAUUACCGCGCUCGGUACCUAGUGGAGCCAAAGUAGUACUUGCUACUAAAGUGGGAUCUCCAGCAACAGUUACAUUCCAACAGAACAAGAACUUCCAUCAGACUUUUGCUACCUGGGUUAAACAAGGCCAGUCUUCAACAGCCACGAGCACAGCAGCUACAUCAGCAACAACAAUUUCCAGCAGCGGUCAAACUUUCCAGAUUGCAAGCAGCCCGGUAACUAUGGCAGGGAAAGUGUUAACAAAGCUGCCUCUGCCAGCAAACAGCAAAAUAGUGGCUGUCAACGUACCAGCCACUCAAGGAGGUGUAGUUCAAGUACAGCAAAAAGUGUUGAGUAUCAUUCCAUCAACUACUGGAGCAAACCAACAAACCUUUACUUCAUUCCAGCCAAGGACAGCAACUGUAACAAUUAGGCCAAAUAAUACAGGGACUGUAUGUACAACUAGUGCAUCACAAGUAAUAUCUGGGACUCCUCUCCGACCUGGGAUGACAGUUAUAAGGACACCUCUUCAGCAGUCAGCAUUAGGAAAGACCAUAAUUCGAACACCUGUGAUGGUACAGCAAGGUAUUCUCCCAGCCAGUCAGAGCCAGCAAGUAGUGACUCAGAUCAUCAGAGGGCAGCCUGUUUCAACAGCUGUAUCUAGUGCUACCACAGUGUCUACAAGUCAGAAGAUAGCAACAACUUCAGGGCCACCUUUGCAGCACAUGCAGCCACAAGCCACACCUCCACACCCUCCUCGUCCUCAGCAGGGUCAGGUGAAACUUACAAUGGCACAACUCACACAGCUUACACAAGGACAGGGUGGCAGUCAGGGUUUGACUGUGGUAAUUCAGGGACAGGGCCAAACAACAGGCCAGUUACAGUUGAUCCCGCAGGGUGUAACGGUAAUACCAGGACCGGGACAACAGCUAAUGCAAGCAGCUAUGCCAAAUGGUACAAUUCAAAGAUUUCUUUUCACCCCAUUACCAGCAGCGGCUACUGCAGCUAGCCCAACGACUACAACAGUUUCCACUUCAACAUCAGCUCCAGGAGGACAGAAGCAAACUUCCCCAGCUCAGACACAAACACAGCCAGUGCCAGUGCUUCCGCCUGCUGAGCCCCAACCUCCGAGUCAGCCCCAGAGCAUUCAAGCUGCAUCUCAGCCCAUAGCACAGCCACAGCCGACCCAAUCUCCUCUUCAGGCUGACGCCCAUGUUCCACCUGAAGCUCAGACUCCAGCUUCGCUUCCAUGUCCAGUUAUCUCUGAAGCACAGCCACUGGCAGAGCAGCCUGCUUUCACUCCAGCUGUUGUUCAGGCCCCAUCCCAGAGCCACGUGCAAGGGCAGCCUUUAGCUCAAAUUCAGAACCAGUCACAGACACUUGUACAUCCACCAACUCCACCCAAAGUCCAAGCUAUACGGCCGGCUCAGGUGCAGACCACAACCCAGGAUCAAGUUCAGAUGCCACCACACACCGCCAUACAGAUUCAUACUCCACAGCCCCAGAUUUCAACUUCAGUUCAGACUUUGUCUGUUGCCCCAAACUUAAACCAAGUUACCGUACAAGCUCAAUGCCCUCCACUGCAAAUUCAGCCGCCCCAGACAAAGGUGAUUGCUGUACCCCAGCUUCAACAGCAAGUCCAGGUAUUCUCCCAUCUUCAGCCUCAUGUCAUGGCUCAGAUAAAGGCCCAGCAAGGCGGAAUGCCCCAGCAGAUCAAGCUUCAGCUGCCUAUUCAGAUUCAGCAGGCAGGUCCAGUUCAGGCUCAUCAGAUUCAGAAUGUGGUGACCGUCCAAGCCGCCAGCGUUCAGGAGCAACUGCAAAGGGUUCAGCAGCUCAGGGAGCAGCAGCAGCAGAAGAAAAAGCAGCAGCACAUCGAAAUUAAACGGGAACACUCCCUUCAGGCUUCCAAUCAAAGUGACAUAAUCCAGAAACAGGUGGUAAUGAAACAUAAUGCUGUGAUAGAACAUUUGAAACAGAAAAAGACAUUGACCCCUGCUGAACGUGAAGAGAAUCAGAGAAUGAUAGUGUGCAACCAGGUAAUGAAAUAUAUUCUAGAUAAGAUAGAUAAAGAAGAAAAACAGGCAGCUAAGAAACGAAAGCGAGAAGAGAGUGUGGAACAGAAGCGUAGCAAACAGAAUGCUACCAAACUCUCAGCUCUGCUCUUCAAACAUAAGGAACAACUUAAAGCUGAAAUAUUGAAGAAGAGAGCACUUUUAGAUAAAGACCUACAAAUUGAAGUGCAGGAAGAGCUAAAGAAAGACCUGGCUAAAAUUAAGAAAGAAAAAGAAAGGGCCCAGGCAAUGGCUGCAGCUGCUGCUGCCAUACCUCCUCCUCCUCCACCGCCACCUCCUCCUCCUCCUCCACCGCCACCACACACUGCUAGUGUUGCAUCAACAGCCACAGUCACCACUUCCAUUUCAUCCCACAAGAGAAAACGAGAGGAGGAGAAGGAGUCUUCAUCUUCAAAAUCUAAGAAAAAGAAAAUGAUUUCUACUACCUCAAAGGAAUCCAAGAAGGACACAAAGCUUUACUGCAUCUGCAAGACGCCUUAUGAUGAAUCUAAGUUCUAUAUUGGCUGUGAUCUUUGUACUAACUGGUAUCAUGGAGAAUGUGUUGGCAUCACAGAAAAGGAGGCUAAGAAAAUGGAUGUGUACAUCUGUAAUGAUUGUAAACGGGCACAAGAGGGCAGCAGUGAGGAAUUGUACUGUAUCUGCAGAACACCUUAUGAUGAGUCACAAUUUUACAUUGGCUGUGACCGAUGUCAGAACUGGUAUCAUGGGCGCUGCGUUGGUAUUUUGCAAAGUGAGGCAGAUCUCAUUGAUGAGUAUGUCUGUCCACAGUGUCAGUCAACUGAAGAUGCUAUGACCGUACUCAGUCCCUUGACGGAUAAAGAUUAUGAGGGGCUGAAGAGAGUCCUACGUUCAUUACAAGCUCACAAGAUGGCGUGGCCAUUUCUAGAACCAGUAGAUCCCAAUGAUGCUCCAGAUUAUUACGGCGUCAUCAAAGAACCGAUGGACCUCUCCACCAUGGAGGAAAGAAUACUAAACCGUUACUACAAAAAAGUGACAGAAUUCGUGGCUGACAUGACCAAAAUUUUUGAUAACUGUCGUUACUACAAUCCAAGUGACUCUCCUUUUUAUCAGUGUGCAGAGGUUCUUGAAUCCUUCUUUGUACAGAAACUAAAAGGAUUCAAAUCAAGCAGGUCUCAUAACAACAAACUGCAGUCUACAGCUUCUUAAAGUUUCACGUGUUUCCCUAACACAAACAGCAAGAAUCUGGUUGUCUGCAUUUUUUUUUUUUACUUGGGAAGCCAGAGGUUAUUAGUCAGGUUGUCCUGACAACAUCUUGAUGUAAACUGCAUUUUUAUCAGUCACAUCAGGUUAUAUUCUUGGCUGAUUUUUGUCCAAAGGACAAAAGAAUGAAAAUCAGCAACAUCGUGUUCUUGUCAAGAUCAAAUUAUGCUGUUGUAGCAGACACAAGAGAACAUUUUGUUGAAGGACAAGAGGGAAAAGAAGCAAGAAAUAGAAGAUACAGUAUAAUGGGGUCAAGUUCUAACUCCAUGGAAAUGUCACGUCCGUUCUUCAGUGAAGAAGCUGGUUUAAAGUCCACACAGGGAACUUUUGACUGUAUUUAUUUAUUAUUGCAAAAGGACGCUUUUUUAUUGCUGCCCUCAUUUGUCAGCUAAUUUUUUUCUUAUAAACCCCCCUAGCCCCGGUUAUAUGUAACCCAUUCUGUAUCUUACCAUGAUUCCUGUAGGUAAAAGUACAAGAUGACCUCUAGAUGUCUUUUCUUUCUAUGAAAGGAGCUGCUAUGUACACAUGUGCACAAACAAACUGGGAAUCAACAAUGAGUUUAUCAUUCAUGGUAGAUGAAAACAAUUAAGCUUGCAUAAAAGUUGGGCUGAAGUGGUCGUGGACUGCAGACAUUUUUGCCUUGAAUAUAACAGUACAAGUUGUCAUUUACUCUGCACCAGACAGAUAUGAGUAAAAUCUAUUUGAAGGUA